UGUUUAUCGGCGCAGGACUCUGUCAGCGACGUUCAACGCGAAUUUCAUUCAUUUCGUUGUGAUUUUUCACUAAAAUUUUUAUAAAAAUUCAUAAUAAAUCUUUAAAAUUCUUAAAUCUAAACAACAAAUAAAUGAAAUUUAAUGCCGAAACAUGUAAAUAAAACAUUUAAAACAAAUUUUUACAAGUGCAAAAAUAAAGAAAACAUAAAUUAAAAUAUUGCACAUCAGCAACAAGAUCACACAAUUUUUUUGUCUUAAUUUUUUUCUACGGUGGAGAAAUAAAAAAAGAAGGUUGAACAAAAGUUAAAGCUAAGCUAGUUCACAAAGAAAUUUGUAUAAAAAAUAAUUUUUUCUAAAAAAAUGUAUUAAAUUGUGAUAAAAUAGAAUUUAGCUAUUAAAUAUAUAUAUAAAGUGUGCGAAGUAUAAAAAAGAAUGUUACAAAAUGUUACGGACUUUGGAGUGUAAGAGGAAUGUGUAAUGAAGAAGAAAAAAAUUAAUAAUAUAAAAAGUAAAAUAAAUACAACAAAACAAAAAGUGUUCAACAAAAAAGGCAACACAAAACUGUAAUAAAAUUUGGCAAUAGAGCAAACAUUGGCCAAUAAUAACAACAAAAACUGUACCCAGAAAAAAGUCACGAUCAAAACAAUUGUUGCUGUAACAAAACGAAAAACCUUAGAAAAGUUUUAAAGUUUCUUGGCCAAAACAAAAGUUGGAGACAAAAUUUGAAACAAACCUAAAAGAAAUAAGGAAGAAUCAUUGAAUACAAUAAGCAAAGAUAGACAGAAGAAAAAACCUUUUGUCCUCAUCAUCAUCGUCAUCACCAACAGCAAAAGCCUCAUCAUUGAAUUGAUAGCCUUUUAAAACGGAAAAAACAUUAAUUGGCAUUGAUAGUUUUUUUUGCUGUUGUUUGGUUAUUGUUGCUAUUGUUGUCUUUACAAAUCGUCUAAACUCCUACAAUAUAAACCGCAGCAUCAGCAGCAGCAACAGUAAGAAAAAACCAACCGCAAUACAGCAACAACAAUAUUGUCAUUAUUUUCUAAUAGUGCCAAACAACAUUGACAUUACUUACAAUAUCAGCAACAACACCAACAACAACAACAAUAAUAACCUAACAAUUCAAGCUUUAAAGGAAAUAAGGAAGAGGGAAUCAGUAUCAACAUCAGCGUCUUGUGACUGUGUUUCUUAUUAGUUAAACAAACAUCACUACUUUUUAAUGUUGUCCAUUUCAUUUGAAAAGCUGUCAACAGCUUUUUAUUUGUACAUUUAUUUUGGCUAAAAUUGUAGUUAUAAUAUCAACAAAAGAAACCCUACAAGAGAUUCUUUAAGUUACGGAAAAUAAUAACAAACUUUCUUCCAAAAUUUUGUACAUUUACAUUAAGAAGUAAUAGAAACGCUGCGCUUAUUCUUAUUGGAAUUUCACAUCGAAUUUUACAAAAUUUCUAUAUAAAAUAUGGCGAACUUAGAUGAGGAUCGAAGGCGAAGGACUCAUGUGCUAGAGCAGGAGAUGCGUAAUCCAUUUAGUAUUUGCAAUGUAGACUGCCUGCUAGACACAGUGACCGCGUUGGUUUCCGACUGUGAUCAUGAAUCAUUGAAACGCCUCAAAAAUAUAGAACAAUAUGCAUCAAAAUACAAGCCACUCGCACAACAAAUCUGCCAACUGCGCAUGAAUGUGGAAGAUUUUGAUUUUAUUAAAAUCAUAGGUGCCGGUGCUUUUGGUGAAGUACAAUUGGUUAGGCAUAAAUCCUCCCGUCAAGUGUAUGCUAUGAAAAGACUUUCAAAAUUUGAAAUGAUGAAACGACCGGAUUCGGCAUUUUUCUGGGAAGAACGUCAUAUAAUGGCACAUGCCAACUCUGAAUGGAUUGUUCAAUUACAUUUCGCUUUUCAGGAUAACAAGUAUCUGUAUAUGGUUAUGGAUUACAUGCCCGGUGGUGAUAUAGUAUCAUUGAUGUCAAUGUAUGAAAUACCCGAAAAAUGGGCCAUAUUCUAUACAAUGGAAGUGGUUUUGGCGUUGGAUACCAUACACAAUAUGGGUUUUGUGCAUCGUGAUGUAAAGCCCGAUAAUAUGUUACUGGAUCGUUAUGGUCAUUUAAAGUUGGCUGAUUUUGGUACUUGUAUGCGUAUGGGCUCUAAUGGUUUGGUGGUAUCCAGUAAUGCUGUAGGUACACCCGAUUAUAUAAGUCCUGAAGUCUUGCAAUCCCAGGGUGUGGAUAAUGAAUAUGGCCGUGAAUGUGAUUGGUGGUCUGUGGGCAUUUUCCUUUACGAAAUGCUAGUGGGUGAUACUCCCUUCUAUGCUGAUUCUUUGGUGGGCACAUAUGGCAAAAUUAUGGAUCAUAAAAAUUCUUUAAGUUUUCCGGCCGAAGUAGAAAUUAGUGAAAAUGCUAAAAGUCUUAUACGAGCCUUUCUCACAGAUCGCACUCAAAGGUUGGGUCGUCAUGGCAUAGAUGAGAUUAAGCAGCAUCCAUUUUUUCAGAAUGACACUUGGAGUUUUGAUAAUAUUAGAGAAAGUGUUCCUCCUGUAGUACCAGAGCUUUCAUCUGAUGAUGAUACCAGAAAUUUCGAAGACAUCGAAAGAGAUGAGACUCCAGAAGAAGUAUUUCCCAUACCCAAGAAUUUUGAUGGUAAUCACUUGCCAUUUAUAGGUUUCACCUACACGGGAGAUUAUCAGUUGUUGUCGAACAAUGACACCGUCGACGCUGAGGCUAAGGAAAACAGUACAAAUAUUGCCAAUCACAACCAUAGACAUAGACCUUCUAAUUCGAAUGAAAUAAAACGUUUGGAAGCAUUACUCGAGAGAGAACGUAAUCAUUCCGAAACAUUGGAGAAACAAGACAAAGCCUUGAGACAACAAUUGGAAAUUAUUACAAAACGUGAAGCCGAAUUACAAGCUAUGUCUUCCGAAUAUGAAAAGGAUUUGGCUAUAACGCAACACAACUAUAAAAUUGCUUUGCAGAAGUUUGAACAGGAGAUUGAGUUACGCAAGAAAACUGAAAUUCUUUUGGCCGAAACGCAGAAAAAUCUUGACAACGAACAGAAAAUCCGAACACGUGAAAUGAACAAUAAUCAACAUCAUAACGAAAAAAUAGUUACGCUUGAAAAGCAAUUAAAAGAAAUGGAGGAGAAUUUCAAAAAUGAAACCGAAAAUUCUCAAAAACUAAAGAAACAAACAGCGGAAUGGGGUUUGGCCAAACAAGAGCUCGAAGCUAAAAUAGCUCAAAACCAAGUAAUGCUGACAAGCUUGCAAAAUCAAAAGGAAACUUUGCAGCAAGAAGUAGCCGAACUUCAAGCUCAAUUGGCACAGGAGAAAAAUUCACGUUCUCAAUUAAAAGAACUGCAGAAAGAAACGGAGAAUAAAUUACAAACCAUUUCGAAUGAUUUAGAGAGAGCCGUAACAAGAGAACAACAAGCUUACGAAGACAAUCGAGUAUUAACAGAGAAAAUUUCCGAUUUAGAAAAAUCCAAUGCUAGUUUAGAUUUUGAAUUGAAAGCAGCCCAGGGUCGGUACCAGCAAGAAGUUAAAGCACACCAGGAAACAGAAAAAUCACGUAUGUUAAGUCGCGAAGAAGCCAACCUACAAGAAGUUAAAGCUUUACAAACCAAACUUAAUGAGGAGAAGUCGGCGCGCAUUAAAGCCGAUCAAAAUUCUCAGGAAAAGGAAAGACAAUUAAGUAUGCUCUCUGUAGACUACAGACAAAUACAACAACGUUUGCAAAAGUUGGAGGGUGAGUGCCGACAAGAGGCUGAAAAAGUUACGGUAUUGCAAUCACAACUGGAUCAAGAACAUACGAAAAAGAAUUCAUUACUCUCCGAUUUAAGCCUAAAGAGUUCAGAAGUGGCCCAUCUAAAAUCCCGAGAAAAUCAAUUACAAAAGGAAUUGGCUUCUCUUAGAGAAAAUAAACGUAAACAUGAGGAAGACAUGUCCCAAAUAAAGAUUGCUCUCAACAAGGAGAUCCUACAAAAGAAAGAACUUCAAGAUCAACUAGAUGCCGAACAAAUUUUCUCCCGCCUUUAUAAAGCACAAGCUAAUGAACACCGUGAAGAAAUUGAGGAAAAAUCUCGCGAAAUACAAGAUCUUAAAGAGGAACGUGUCUCACUUAAACAUCAAGUACAAGUAGCUGUGGCUCGUGCCGACUCCGAAGCAUUGGCUCGUUCUAUUGCCGAAGAAACUGUAGCGGAUUUGGAAAAGGAGAAGACCAUUAAGGAAUUGGAACUUAAAGACUUUAUGACCAAACAUCGCAAUGAAAUAUCCGCCAAAGAUUCUCUUUUGGCAGCAGCUAAAGAUGCUGAAGCCGAUUUUAUUAAGAAAAUUAAUCAAAAGAAUUCCGAAUAUGAUGAUUUGAUGCAACAGAAUAAGAAAUUGCAAGAAGAAAUGGCACAGGUGAAGACAACGAAGGAAGAGGAAAUUGUUAAACUCAAAGAGAAAUGGAAGAAUGAAAUGCUUUUGAAACAGGUGGCUGUUAAUAAAUUGGCCGAAGUUAUGAAUCGUAGAGAUACAGAUUUGCAAAAACAAAAAGGCAAAACACGUUCAUCCGCCGAAUUGCGUAAGAAAGAAAAAGAAAUGCGUCGUUUACAACAAGAAAUGCAGCAAGAACGUGAGAAAUACAAUCAAUUGCUACUUAAACACCAAGACUUACAAAGUCAAGUCAUUGAAGACAGUCACAUUAAACAAAAACUACAAAUGGAAAUUGACUGCAAGGCCACAGAGAUUGAGCAACUGCAAUCUAAGCUCAAUGAAACUGCAUCACUAUCAUCAGCCGAUAACGAUCCCGAAGACAAUCAAAAUUCAUCCUUACUUUCACUUACACAGGAUUCGGUAUUCGAGGGCUGGUUAAGUGUGCCCAAUAAACAGAAUAUAAGACGUCAUGGAUGGAAACGUCAAUUUGUGGUGGUAUCAUCACGUAAAAUUAUAUUCUAUAAUUCUGAAAUUGACAAACAGAAUACCAUUGAUCCUGUGCUAAUAUUAGAUUUAAGCAAAGUGUUUCAUGUAAGAUCAGUAACUCAGGGUGAUGUUAUAAGAGCCGAUGCCAGAGAGAUACCACGAAUUUUCCAAUUGUUAUACGCCGGUGAAGGAGAAGCCCGCCGACCCGAUGAACAACAACAAUUGGAUAUAAGUGUGCUUAGAGGUGGUAAUGCCGAAGAACGACCAGGAUCCAUAAUACACAAAGGCCAUGAAUUUGUGCAUAUUACAUAUCAUAUGCCCACUGCUUGUGAAGUGUGUCCUAAACCCUUGUGGCAUAUGUUUAAACCACCAGCGGCCUAUGAGUGUAAAAGAUGCCGCAACAAAAUCCACAAGGAACAUGUUGACAAUAAUGAUCCCUUAGCCCCUUGCAAACUGCAUCAUGAUCCUCACAGUGCGAGAGAAAUGCUUUUGUUAGCUUCCAAUACCGAUGAACAGAAUUUAUGGGUAUCACGUCUCUCUAAACGUAUCCAAAAAUGUGGAUAUAAGGCGAAUUCCUCAUCUAAUAAUAAUAGCAAUAAUACCGAUGGUAGUAAAAUAUCACCAAGCCAAUCAACACGUUCCAAUUACAAGCCAUAUGCAGUUAAUGUACAAAGAUCAGCUACGCUGCCAGCGAAUUCAUCAUUAAAACAGUGAUUUAUAAUGUUUUAUUAUUAUUUUUUAAUUUUCUUAAAAAUUUAACUUUAGUUUUAUUAAUUUUUUUAAUUUAAAUUUAUAAUCUCUAAUUUCUGCUGUUUAUAUUUAUAUUAAUCUGUAACAGAGUUGUUUUUCAUUUUAAGUUGCUUCUUUUGUUUUUAAUUUAAACUAAUAAUUUUUGUUUUUUCUCUCCCUCGCUCACAUAAUAAAUAAUUUAAUAAUAACGCUAUUAAUUUUUUAAUUUUGUUUAUCUGUUAAUUAUCUUAUUAUUAUUAUUAUUUCCUUUGUGUUUAUUAAACCAAAAACCUUUUUAUUUUUGCUAAAUAACUUAAACUUAUCAUUAUAACAUUUACUAAAAAAAAGAAGAAAAGAAAAGUAUGUACUUUAAAAAAGAAAACCUAAAAAAUAACUUUUAUCUCUUUAAAUUAUUGCUCUAAUUUAUCAACAAUAUAAUCAACUGAAAGAUGUUAAAAACAGAAACAUUAUUAAUUUUUAAACAUAUUUUUUUAUAAACAUUUUAUAAAGUAGCUUUUAUGUUUUUUUUUUAUCUAAGGAAAGAAGAAGUAUAAUUUAGGCACUAAAGUGUAACUUAAAUGAGAAAAAAUAAGAUAUUUUUUAUUUGUAUUUUAUUUUUAUAUAUAAAAAUUUAUUCUUAAGCAAUUGCCAAAACUCUUAAAAGAGAGCCAAUAUAAAAAAAGAAAAAAAUCUUGAAAAAAAUCAAUAAAAAUUUUAAAAAUAAUAAAAAAUUACAAAAAAAAAAAAAAUACAAUACUUAUAAUUAAUUAGUGUAUAAAUUACUACAUAUCCUUUAUUAUUCUACCCCCUUUACAUUUCUGGCAACUGUUUUGUAUUAAUUAAAUAACGAAACAUAACCAACUAUAGGAAAAUAUUUAGCUUUGGCAAUGAACUAAGAAGAGAUUUGAAAUAUUUUUGAGAAAUUUCAGAAAAACAAAUAAACUUUACAAUUGCAGCAAAAAUUCUCGACUAUAGACAAGAUUAUAGAAAACUUAUAGCCUCGUCUUUAGACAGAACUAUGAAUUAUCAUCUACAGACAAUUCUAUAGUCUCGACUCUAGACAAUAUUAGGUUUGUUUGGAUCAGUUAUAAAAAUGAUUUGUAUAUUCGGUAAAGUUUAGUAUAAAGAUUUAUUUCUUUAAUAACAAUUUAGUUUUUCAUACUCUACUGUCUUACUUUAAACUAAUCUUUACAUCUAUAACACUUUUUCAAACAUAUUUCAAAUCUUUCUAGUUUAAAAAACAUAAAAAAACAUUUCUAUUCACUUCUCUAUCUCUUAACUAUUUUUUUUAAUAAUUUUAUAUUUAUGGCAUAAUUUGUUCUUUAAAAGGAAUAAAAAAACAAGAAAUAAUUUCAUACCAAUGUUGCAACUAAUAAUUCCAUACUUAAAAGUAUCAAAUAUGAAAAUUAUA